AUGGUGAAAGUGCAACAAAAUGUUUGUGCUGAAAUAGUUAGAAAAGAAGAAUUUGAUGGAAAAGAUGUUUCUGAAGUUACUUCCAAAGUAACAAAUACUCCAAAGAAAAGGAAAGGGGUUGAGAAAGAAGUUGAGGAUGAGCUUGUGGAUGUUGAGAUCAUAAAAACAAAAAAGCAAAAAGGAGUUGAGAAAAAAACAUCUGUUAAAGGAAGAUUUCUUCCUCUUAGGACUGCAAUGAAAAGAAACAAGAAAAAUGAUACUGAAGAAGUGAGAGAUGAACAGAAAACAUGUUUUACAUUUAACAUUGUUCAAAGACUUGCAAAAGUCAUAGUUAAAGGGAAAAGAAAAAUGAAAGAAAGUUUGAAAAAAAGAAAGGAACAAGAAGAAGAGGUUCAAGAAGAAGAGGAAUUAGAGGGAGAUGACAAAGAGGAGGAAGAAGAGGAUGAAGAGAAAAAUGAGGAAGAAGAGGAAGAAGAUGAGGAAGAUGAGGAAGACGAAGAAUGGGAAGAAGAAGAAGUGAAAGAACAAAAAAAGAUGAAAAAGCAAAUAGUACCGGUGAAGGAUAGGUUGCUUAUGUUCGAAAAACAAAGACAAGAAAUAGCAUCAAAAAGAACAACACCAAAAGCAAACCUACCUGCUGAAAAGAAAAGAAAGAGGAAAAUAACUGAUGAGGAUUGGGAAGUGAAGGAAGAGAAUGAAAAUGAUGAUAUUCACAAUUCAGAAAACGCUUUAAUUGUGGAACGGGAGGCUUCCCCUUUGGCGAUGAGUACCAAAGAAGUUCCUGCAAGAAAGAAAGCAAAGAAAUCAAUCGCUAUUUACAAGGAGAGAGUAGAAGAAGAAGAGGAAGAAAAAACUGGUGUUAGAGGAGGACAUGGAAAAUUCAUUACUUUCAUUUCCAUGAUGAAUGAACAGAAGAAGGAGGCCGUUCGGAAUAUUGGUCUAGGAGCAUUGCUAGAUUUCCAGCUACCUACUUCAUCCCAACAAUUUGUUACAUGGCUGUGUAACAACUUUGAGGAAAACAGCCAAUAUCUUUAUCUGCUAAAGAAUGAGAAAAUUCUGAUAGAAUUUGAGGACGUGAAAAAGAUAUAUGGCCUUCCUAGCGGUGAAGUAGACAUAGUUGAGGCAAAGUCUGACAAGGCUAGUGAAGAAUUUUCUGCAUUCAUGGCAAGGUUGAAAAAGAUCUUUAUAGAUUCAAAGUGGAAUCCUCUUGGGAAUAAGGUCCCAUCAGUUCAGAAAAUUUUGAAGUACUACAGUCGAGAAGACCAAAUUGAGGCUGGACCGGAUGCAAAUUUCAUUACAAGCUUCUUGGUGGUGACUGUCAACACGUUGAUCAAGAGCACAUUGUCAAACCAAGCAUACUUCAAAUUUUUGUUCUCAAUGAUGAAUUAUGAGCAGAUCCGGAACUUGAACUGGUGCAAGUAUGUGUGGGAGGCACUGCUCUCAACUACUGCACAGAUAAAAAAAAACCUGAAACAAAAGGACAAAGCAACAUUUUUCACAGGACCAUUGCCGUUGUUGACGAGUUCAAAGAAUGAACUUUUUUCCUCCAAGACGAAUUCCACUUGUAUCCUGCUGGACAAAGGAAAUAGGACACAAACGGAAUAA